GAGCGGAAGUCAUUCGCGACCAGCGAAAGGUUCACGUUACUUGCAGGAACACUGAAGAAAGGAGGAAAAGCGGGUAGCGGAUAUCAACAGUGAUUUUAUUCAGAAAAGGUGUCCUAUAAUCUACAGACGCUGGUAUCUCAGUAUUCAUCUCCCCCUCAAGCCACUGGCGAAAUUCAUCGUGGAAUGUGCUGGCAGCAGUGACUGGUUCAGCGGCAGUGGUGCCAACAGCAGUCGUCCCAUGAGUUUUCUUUUGGCUUGAGCUGUCUGCUUUGGGCUCUGGCCUGGUUCGUCUGGAUCUCUGUGCCUCUGGCGCCGCAGUCAUGGAUCACCCCAGAGAGAAGGAGGGCGAGAGGCCGGUCAGGAGCAGUAAAGUGGCCCAGGGGCGCAGCGGGCACUCGCGGCCCUCCAGCUCCUCCACGUCCUCUGGGGUCCUUAUGGUUGGACCGAACUUCAGAGUUGGCAAGAAGAUCGGCUGUGGCAACUUUGGAGAGCUGAAGCUCGGAAAGAAUCUCUAUACAAAUGAGUAUGUUGCAAUAAAGUUGGAACCUGUGAAAUCGAGGGCCCCGCAGCUACAUUUGGAGUACCGGUUCUACAAAACAUUAGGCAGUGCAGGUAAGAUUAUAAUCAGCACCAGAAAGAAUCUCUAUACAAAUGAGUAUGUUGCAAUAAAGUUGGAACCUGUGAAAUCGAGGGCCCCGCAGCUACAUUUGGAGUACCGGUUCUACAAAACAUUAGGCAGUGCAGUAGAGGGUCUGCCUCAGGUCUACUAUUUUGGGCCCUGUGGGAAAUACAAUGCCAUGGUUCUGGAGCUGCUCGGCCCUAGUCUUGAGGAUCUCUUUGACCUGUGUGACCGAACAUUCUCCCUCAAGACCGUCCUGAUGAUCGCCAUUCAGCUGAUAUCCCGCAUGGAGUAUGUGCAUUCUAAAAACCUCAUCUGUUAA